GUAAGGUUGUCGCGCAGACUGAGUGAAGAUGGCAGACGUGGUAGCGGACGCAGAGAAACUGAGCAAAAAUGAGCUGAAAAGGCGCAUGAAAGCGGAGAAGAAGGUUGCUGAGAAGGAAACCAAGGUCAAAGAGCAGCAGCAGACCAAGGAGACAGAUGACCAACCUCAGCAACAUGUGGAUGGCACAGACGAGGAGAAUCUGGACCCUAAUCAAUACUUCAAGAUCCGCUCACAGGCCAUUCAAGCUUUGAAGGGAACAGCUGAAGACCCCUACCCCCACAAGUUUCAUGUGGAUUUAUCACUUACUGAUUUUAUAGAAAAGUACAACCACCUACAGCCUGGGGACCAGCUAUCAGAUGUUGUCCUUAAUGUGACCGGUCGUGUCCAUGCCAAAAGGGCCUCUGGUGCCAAGCUGAUCUUCUACGACUUGCGAGGAGAAGGGGUGAAGUUGCAGGUCAUGGCAAACUCCAGAAAUUACAAAUCAGAGGAAGCCUUUGUUGCCAUCAACAAUAAACUGCGACGUGGUGACAUCAUUGGUGUCCGUGGUGUCCCUGGGAAGACCAAGAAAGGGGAGCUGAGCAUCAUCCCUGUUGAGAUGACCUUGUUGUCACCAUGUUUGCACAUGCUUCCUCACCUCCACUUUGGCCUAAAAGACAAGGAAACACGGUUCCGGCAGCGGUACCUGGACCUGAUUCUUAACGACCCUGUAAGGCAAAAGUUUAUAACCCGAGCUAAGAUCAUAACCUACCUGCGCAGCUUCCUGGAUCAGCUUGGCUUUCUUGAGAUUGAGACACCGAUGAUGAACCUCAUUCCUGGAGGAGCAGUAGCUAGACCUUUCGUCACCUACCACAACGAGCUGGAUAUGAACCUGUACAUGAGAAUUGCCCCUGAGCUCUAUCAUAAGAUGCUGGUGGUUGGAGGUAUUGACCGUGUCUAUGAGGUUGGUCGUCAGUUUAGAAACGAGGGCAUUGACCUCACUCACAAUCCAGAGUUCACUACGUGUGAAUUUUACAUGGCGUAUGCUGAUUAUCAUGACCUCAUGGAGAUCACCGAGAAGCUUCUUUCAGGAAUGGUGAAGCACAUCACAGGAGGUUAUAAAGUAACUUAUCACCCUGAUGGACCAGAAGGACAGGCCUGUGAAAUUGACUUCACACCUCCUUUCAGCAGAAUAAGCAUGACCCAUGACCUGGAAAAAGAGAUGGGAGUGAAGUUCCCACCCUGUGACUCCUAUGAUAGUGAUGAAACCCGCAAGUUUUUCGAUGACCUGUGUGCUCAGAAGGGAGUGGAAUGUCCACCUCCCAGAACAACUGCACGACUACUGGAUAAGUUAGUGGGAGAUUUCCUGGAGGUCAAGUGUAUCAACCCCACAUUUAUUUGUGACCACCCUCAAAUCAUGAGCCCCUUGGCAAAAUGGCACAGAUCUCAGAAAGGCUUGACUGAGCGUUUUGAGCUUUUUGUCAUGAAGAAAGAAAUUUGCAACGCCUACACAGAGUUGAAUGACCCAAUCAGGCAACGAGAGCUAUUUGAACAGCAGGCUAAGGCCAAGGCAGAAGGUGAUGACGAGGCUAUGUUUGUAGAUGAAACUUUCUGCACUGCAUUAGAAUAUGGCCUUCCACCAACAGCAGGAUGGGGCAUGGGCAUCGACCGGCUCACCAUGUUCCUUACAGACUCAAAUAACAUCAAGGAGGUUCUUCUCUUUCCUGCCAUGAAGCCUGAGGAUAAUAAACCCGCGCCUCCAGCAGAGGGCACUUCAGUUUAACGCUGAUUAUAACUGACGUGCUGAUGAGACCUAUAACUGAUUCAUACAUGUUGGGGGUUUUGUUUCAGCCUGACUGUCCUGUUUGCUGUCCAGAUAUCAUGAAGUCUUUCACACUGCAGUAAACCAAAGUGUCUAAUUCUUGCAGUAAACUCCCUAUUCUUAAAGCUUUGUUGUCUGUUAGUUCACAACAAUUGUGAAUCAAAUCAAUACAAUAACUGUUUAAAUUCAGCCAUAUUUUUCUCAACUUAUGGUUUUAAUACCAACUGUUGUCUGUAUUUUUAAAUAUCUUCAAAUUACACAAAGGAAUAAACCUUUUUGUGCUCAAUUA